AUGGAGGGAGGAGACCCAAGCAGCGGCUCGGCGAGCUUUGUGAAGCGGCGCAAGCCCAAGGGUGUGGCCACUCGCGUCUCGUCCGCGUACGACGAGGUUGACGACGCAUCGCAGGCAGCCGGUCCUUCAGCGCCUACCACAGCAUCCGGAGCGUCGCGAUCUUCGACGCCGCGGCAGAUGCUGUCGCGCGGAGGCUCGGACGAAGAGCAGGAGCCAGAUGCGGGAGGGGUGGUCUUUCGUCCACGAGCGAGGGGUGCCCGCGCGACGCCUACUGCCGCAAGCACAGCCAAACCUGUGACGCGCGGAGUAGGCAAUGGCGAGACGGUAGAGGAUGAGAACGACGACGAUGAUGUCCCGGCGCUCGCACCACGACGAUCCAAGGUCGAUGGAGCGCGUAGGCCCGCUCGGAUGUCUGGAGUCGGCAUGUCGGCACGCUCGUCCAGCUCGGCGAGCACGCCCAAGAGAUCGACUCCACUGCGUCCGACGGCGUUCAAAGACAUGCCUACACACGAGCAGGCGGAAGGAUCCACGUCCACUCCGACAUCGUCGCUGUACACAUCGAAACACCUCGAGGAGCUGCGCACUUCCACGCCGACCGCGCGAUCGCGCGCCCACAGCCCCGCCCCUGCCCCACCAGGGCCAGCUACAUUCAUGGACGACCCCAUGGCCGCGUCGUCUUCUCGACCCGGCCUCGCAGCUGGUGAUGACGACGCGCUCACACGCAGCAAGUACGCAGCCGACUUUGAGCACGAUGCGAUCCCGAGCGAGAGCGUAAUUCGCGCCGCUAAGGAAAGGCGCGCCAAGCUGCGUGCGGCCGGCGCCUCGUCUGGUGUCUCGGACGACUUUAUUUCUCUCGCGCCCUUCUCGCGCUCUUCGGCCGUGCAGGCGUACGAUGCGAUGGAGGUGGAUGACGGCCCGCACCCGCACUCGCGUCUGCAGCGCGAAGAGGACGAAUUGGGCGAUGGCGAAGACGAGUUUGCCGAGUACACGGGAGCGAGCGAGCGCAUCCCGAUCGGCGCCAAGGCGCAAGAGGAGCUGCAACGCCGUCAGCGCCGGCAGAUGGAGGCGGCAGUGCGCGGCGACUUUGACGACGACGCUCCGGGCGCGGUGGCAGACGAGAUGGACGAGGACGAGGAGGAGUGGGAGCGCGCACAGCUGCGGCGUACGCAGCCGAGUGCGGCUGCAGCGUCGCGCGAGGCUUCGCCGUUCCGCGCCGCACCGAUCCCAGACCCCGCGCCCGUGCCGUCGGUGGGGACAUGCUCGGCGAGGCUGCAGCUGACGCUGCGUGCGCUCGAUCAGAGCAAAGGUGCGGCCGACGCGGUCUUGGCAUCCUCACUCGUCGAGCUCGACGGGCUCGCCGAGGCCGAGAAGCAGAACAAGCUGGACGUGACCGCGGUCGAGGACAAGGCGAGCUGGUUCGACGAGCUCGACGGCUUUGUUGCGAGUCUCGCGCGGUUUGCGGGCGAAAAGAAGGCCAGGGUGAACGAGAUCGAGAGCGACGCGGUGGCAUUGAUCGCGCGCAGGACCGCAUUGCUCAACCGAGCAAGGGCGGCGUGGUUGCAAGCGCGGUGGGAGGAGGCAUUCGGCACUCGCCCUACCAAGUCCCUCAUCCCCAGCAUCGACGACGACGAGGAAAAGCGCGAGAGCAGUCUGCCUGACCACCUCACUGGCAAGGCAGCCUCUGUCUUGCCGAAGCUCGAUGAGCUCGCUGCGGCCGACCAGCUUUCCCUGGACCUUGCAAAGCGCGAGAUCAUCGACCGACUCAACGCGACGUUCUCGGACGUCCAAGCACCAGAGUACCUCGAUCCGCUGGCGCCGAUCGACGCUGGCGCCUCUGACUCGGACUCUCCAUCCGGGCUGGCAUGGCUGCGGCGCACUCGGGCGGACUGGACGGCGCUGCACCCGCGCAGUGUAGUGGUGCGCUUUGAAGAGUGGCGGCGACGCUACCCUGACGAGUACGCGCAGGUAUGGGGCGGUCUGUCGGUGGGACAGAUCUGGGAGUUCUAUGCGCGCCUCGAGAUGGUCGCAUGGGACGCCUUCCGAACGCGGGAGCACAGCGGGUGGACUGCAGGCGUCGGGGCGCUUGUCGACUUUCGCUGGUUCACCGGUGCGUCCGAGUACACGGAGCGAGCCAUGCGCCACCCCCGCGCCCCGCUCGGUGGCGACGACGAGGUGCUCACUUCGCUCACGACCAACGUGCUGGUACCGCGGCUCGUUGCGAUGUUGAGUGCGGGUGGCGUGUCGGUGUGGUCGUUGGAGGAGGUGGAGCAGCUGGUGGGCGUGGUGGAUAUCGUACAGACCGUGCUGGACGACACGCACGCGCGGUAUAUAAGCUUGGCCGAGGCGGUACUGGGUGUGUUUGCGAGCCAGAUCCAACGGCUACAGGACUCGGUGGGGGAGAUACACGGUCUGACGGGGAACGUCAUGGCGGCUGCGCAUGUGCUGAAAGAGAUGCUUGGGCUCGUGCGCAAUGCGGUGAUGCUCGCGCGGGUCAUCAAGCCCUCGAGCGCCACCGACUCGCCUACUGCUCUGGUCGGCAACCGGCUGGUGCUGCUCGUCGAGCAGCUUUCACUUGCAGUGGUGCACCCGAUCAUUGGGCGUCUUCACGAGUCGCCCACCACACAACAACUGGCGGCAGCCAUGCGCCAGGCCCUCAUCCACGAGAUUCCGCCCACCAUCACAGCCCACAAUCUCGGCCUCACCGCAUUCACAGCCUCGGGACACUGA